CUAAAACUUCAAACUGAUUACAAUUUAAUUUCCUUCCAUAAAAUAUAUUUUAGUUUUCAACAAUUCUGAUAAAAAUUCCACAUAAUGGUACACAAACAAACUACACGGUUCCAAGUCUGUUUUAAAGAACCCUCAAUUAAGUCACCACAAGAAAAACGACUUCUUAAUGUUGGAACCAACAUAGAGCAAAAACCCUGGUCACCUACCAAACGUAAGGGCAAAAAUACUUCAGAAAAAUUGCGUGGCAAACCAUCGUAUAAAUCUAUUGCUCCAUUAUUGGGACCAAAUAUUGUUGACUCAAGAAAAAGAUCAGCUCCAGCAUUUUCCUUGGGUCGAAAUGAUACGCGUCGUCAGAACAUCAUAGACGAAGGAGCGGCAAAAUAUAAUGUAGCUGGUGUCUACAAUAGAGGCAUUCACAAGCCACCGGCAUUCACGAUUAAAAGUCGACCAAAGGAUAUAACAAAAUGCAUAGGGCCGGAGGCUACAAAAUACAAAAUUGAAUCUGCCUUUAAAGCUACGACAAAGAGUAUACCAAGUUAUUCGUUUGGCAAAAGGCCGGUGGCUAUUCAGACAUUGCCAACACCAGCACCAAACUGUUAUAAUUUACCACCCAUAUUGGGCACCGCAAAAGAAAGUCACAUCAAAGCUGCUCCUGAAUUCUCUCUAGUUGGACGUCAGAAACCAAGACAAAUACCACUCCACGUUUUCCCAGGUCCAGGUGACUAUGAGGAUAAUAGUAGUUUUUUGCGUAAACUUCCACCCAAAUUCAGCAUGCAUAUCAAACACAAGGUGAUCAGUGAUGAACAUCAAAAACCAGGUCCAGGAGCUUAUAAACCAGAAAUGUAUUUGAAACAUAAAUCAGUUCCAGCGCCUUCAUUUUCUAUACGCCACAGUCCAUAUUUGGGUCAAAAGAAAGCCUAUUUAGUUCCGGAGGGCAUAAAAGGACAGUGGAAUAUUUGAAUUGUGAUAAUAUAACAUGUUUCAUGUGGCAACUAUAAACAAUUUCGCAAAUAUAUUUUUCCUAAUUUGCAUGCCCACCACCGUAUGAUAGGGGGCAUAAUCAUUUA